UUGAACUCGUCGCAAGCAGUCAGACUAUGCGAGUCGUUGCCACGCUGCUCCUGCUGCUCUGCCUCGUGCAGCCCCUCGUUGCGGAUCUGAGCCCGAUCUGCAGCUCCAUGGCGACGUGCUUGGCCCACGGUGCGACGCCGUGCGACCGGGCGACCCAGCUCUGCCCACCGUGCCUCUACACGGACGCCAAGGGCAAGAAUCUCUGCUACGAACGCGUGACCGGCACCAAAAUCUGCCCCUUCCAAGGCACGCUGGCCGACUGCUCGACGACCGAUGUCAUCAUUCCCAAGAUCCUCAACAAGACUGCAACGGCGACGCCCGAAGCGACGACGGUGGGGCCCGACGACGCGUCUGUCUGGAACGGCCUUGCGAUUGGCAUGACCGUCACGACGAUCCUCCUCCUGCUUACAUUUAUUGUCCUCGGCGUCCUCUUCUAUCGCCGGUCGCGCCAGCAGCAGGCCGACCACUGGCUCUACGCGACGAACGUCGAGACGUCGCCCAUUCCCCACAGUGGCUACAAGGGAUCGCAAGGCGGGUUCAAGCCCUCGCAGUACGAGGUCCGAGGCCACACGAACGGCAACCAGUGCACACCGGUCAUGGCCGACAACGAGACGCAGUUAUCGGCCUGCGAUGUCAUGAUGGAAACCAAGUCGGACGGUCGAGACAGUAGCCGCGUCCCGAUGAUGAUGGAGGCCAAGUCGGACUGGCGAGAUAGCCGCCCGGUCAUGAUGGAGGCCAAGGCUGACUGGCGAGACAAUCGCCAGUCCAACAUUCUACACCAUUAGCCAGGAAUGCACACCGUCAUAAUUAUACAACCCUAGUUUUUGCUAUACGAGGGUGAACGCCGC